AUGAAUCGCAAGGUCCCAGAUAUUAAAUACACUCAGGUUUGUUUAAUUUAAAAAAAUAUAAUUUUAAAUAUUUUAAUUUUAAGCACAUAUUGUGAAAAUUAUGUAAUCUAUGUUUUGUAAUAAGAAGUUAUAGUAAAUAGUUGUAGAUGUUGAGACCAAAAUAUCAAUAAGAAAUAAUAAUAAAAUUCGCUUUAAUAUCGAUUUUACAUAUUUUCAGUUAUUUAUAAAUAACGAAUUUGUGGAUUCAGUAAGUCGUAAAAAAUUUCCUACUAUAAAUCCAGCUGAUGGUACUAUUAUUGCACAAAUCUCUGAAGGUGAUAAGGCAGAUGUAGACAAAGCAGUUGCAGCUGCAAGUCAAGCAUUUAUUAGAGGAUCAAAAUGGCGAAAUAUGGAUGCAUCUGUUCGAGGAAAACUUAUGAACAAGUUUGCAGAUCUUAUUGCAAGAGAUUUAGAAUACAUUGCAACUCUUGAAACUUUAGAUAAUGGAAAAGCAUAUUCAAAUGCAAUUUUUGAUAUAGAGUAUAGUAUAGAUACAAUUCGUUAUUAUGCUGGCUGGUGUGACAAAAUUUUUGGAGAUACUAUUCCAGCAGAUGGAAAUCUUGUCUCACUUACGCGUAAGGAACCAGUUGGUGUAGUAGGUCAAAUUAUUCCUUGGAACUAUCCUUUUCUUAUGUUGGCUUGGAAAUGGGGUCCAGCUUUGGCUACUGGAUGUACUAUUGUUUUGAAGCCAGCAGAACAAACUCCUUUAACUGCCCUCUAUGCUGCAGCACUUGCUAAAGAGGCUGGAUUUCCACCUGGUGUUAUAAAUGUUAUUACUGGUUAUGGUUUAACAGCUGGUGCAGCUAUUGCUGAACAUUCAGGAAUUCAGAAAGUUGCAUUCACAGGAUCUACAGAGGUUGGUCGUCUUAUAAUGGAAGCUUCUUCUAAAAGUAAUCUUAAACGUGUUUCUCUUGAACUGGGUGGCAAGAGUCCAUUAGUUAUUUUUGAUGAUGUUGAUGUUAAGGAAGCAGCUGAAAUUGCUUACAAUGCAAUAUUUGCGAAUCAUGGACAAAAUUGUUGUGCUGGUUCACGUACUUUUGUACAUGCUAAAAUUUAUGAUCAAUUUGUUAUUUAUGCUAAACAGUUGGCAUUAAAAACAAAAGUUGGUAAUCCUUUUGACUCUGAAACUCAACAAGGACCACAAAUUGAUCAAGAAAUGUUUGAUAAAGUCUUAGGUUUAAUUAAAUCAGGAAAGGAAGAAGGAGCUGUAUUAGAAACUGGUGGAGAACGUCAAGGCAAUGUUGGUUAUUUUAUUAAGCCUACCAUUUUUUCAAAUGUGACUGACGAUAUGAGAAUUGCAAAGGAAGAAAUAUUUGGACCUGUUCAAUCUAUUUUAAAAUUUGAAACAAUGGACGAAGUUAUUGUACGUGCAAACAAUACAAAUUAUGGUCUUGCUGCCGGUGUUCUUAGUAAAGAUAUUGAUAAAGCAUUGGUAUUUGCACAAGCAGUACAAGCUGGAAGCGUUUGGUAAAAAUUUUUAAGACAAAUUCUGUGUUUAUUUAUAGUAUUUAAUUAGACAUUAUUAUUUAAAAAAAAUUAUUAUUCAAUAGGAUAAACUGUUAUGAUGCUAUCACACCUCAAACUCCAUUCGGUGGAUUCAAACAAUCAGGAAUAGGUCGUGAACUGUAAGUUCAUAAUUACUUAAUUAAAACAAUUAGUAACAAAAUAUAUAUGUUUAAUUUUAUAUUUCAGUGGUGCAGAAGGAUUAAAAGAGUAUCUUGAAACUAAAACAAUUUCUAUUAAAGUCCCAACACGUAAUUAA